AUGGCGCAUCCCAAUGGACAACAGGCCUAUUACGGCCAACCUGGCAAUCCCCCAGUCUCUCGACCAUCGUCAGGUCGCUAUGACAACUACGCACCUCAGCCCUUUCCUACGCAGAGCCAGCAAGAGCCCAGACGAAUGCCCAGCUUCAACAGCGGCGACGAUUCCCACCUCUUCAAUGCCGCCCGGACCCACAAUACGAGAGCGACCGAUGCCAACGCCCAAUACUCCGUGGGUAGUGGACAAGGAGGUGGUAGUGGACAAGGAAGCUACAACCCAGCUUAUGGGGGAUAUGAGGAUGACGUGAACACUGCGUAUACUGGAUAUUCGCAACCAUCGCCCGACAUGUCGCGUAUGUCGCCGAACCGCGCAGCAUCGCAGUCCGCCGCCAUGUCGAGCUAUCAGUACCAAUACCAAUCCGUAAAUCAGCCUGCCUAUAAUCCCCAACAAUAUGCUCUUCCGCAAUCUCAAACACAACCGAACCUGAGUUAUCAACCCCUGUCCUACACUGCUUCCAACAAUGCAUCCUACGCCAAUUCUGUCCCCGGUCAUCAACCAUACAAUCCAGCAGCCUAUCAACCAGCCGCAGUUGCAAGUCUGUCCUCUCCCACGAUCACACGCCGGCCGAGUGAGGCUUCACCGUAUGGACAAGCACCUCCGACCCCGCAAUCAUAUGGAUUUCCCUCCCAGCCCCCGCCAAUGCCUCCACCUCGCGCGCCUGAUCAUCCCUAUGGUGGUCGCUCUCCAUAUGCGUCAUCACCUGGACCGUCAAGCCAGUCCACAGCGGCCACCUCACCCGCCUACCAGACAGUUGCAUCGCCAAUACCAACAUCAUACGCAACCCCGAACUCUCCCGCGGGUGCUUAUCUACCCCAAUCUGCUUCUACCUACUUCCCCGCAUCCCAUGGCUUCGGAACCGACUCUCCAUACCCAUCCCACACCAUACCGCCCAUCAGCAGCCACUCUGAUGACCACCCUCCUACACCUCCGGUGCAUCAGACACAAGCCAAUGGAAUUUAUAACAGGCGACCCAGUGCAUCCCAUACCGGGCGCUCUCUCCCUUUCCCUCCUAUUCAGCAAGUCUUGCCCAUUCUACCUCCAAGGCGAACGGAUACUUUGACAAGGCACCCGCAGGCCAGGCCACUUCCAGGACCACCGGUUGAAUGUGAACCAGACACUCGCAGCAGUGCCGACAUGUUAAAGGAACUUGAAACUGCGGUGAUGAGUACACAGAACAGCUUCGCCCGUCACAGCUCGCAAGCAUCACGUCAUAGCACCUCUUCCUCCCACCUACGCUUAUCACCAGAUGAGCAGCACACCCACACUCACACCAAUGGCUAUGAGGAAACAUUUGGCCACGAUAGCGAUGCAGAAGCCGAGGCUGGUCUUGCUAUGAUGCAGGAGGCGGAGGAGCAAGAGAGGGCACGGGAAGAGCACCAGCGAGUACGUCUGGAGGGACGAACUCGGCGCGAGACAAAUGCAUCUAUUCUGAGCUCUCGCUCGCACGGGUCUUAUGCAUCCACUAGCGGCCCUUCUCCCCAUACAGAGAUGCAAGAGAACGAAUUCAUGGGCCAGGAUUUAGCAGCUUAUGAGGGCGGGUAUCAAGGUAAUAUACAUUACGGCGAAGAACCCAUAUACGGUUCCGAAGAAUACCUGGAUCCGCUUAGUGGUGGUGGCGGUUAUACAGGUCGUUCAAGCUCUUUCCGGAGCUCCAACAUGUCUACAGACGAACGAGGCGAUUACGACGAGUAUGACCAUCCACAGAUUGCUUAUCAAUAUGCCGCUCGGAUGCACCAUCUUUCCCCUGAUGCUCGUGUCGAUGCUGGAGGCACAGGUGGACUGGCCACCCCGGGAGAAUAUGGUCGUCGAAUGAGUUGGGAUUAUGGCGAGGAAGGAGAUGGGUAUGAGCAAGAAGACGGUCAAUCUGGUGAAGAUAGUCCUCAUCGGCCAUUGAACGAAGAUCUUUUCUUUCACCCAGGCAUGCGUCCACUGCCCCCGGCUCCUGUCGAGCCAGCUGAGAACUCUGCACUUCAUUCGCAUCUGAUGCCUGCUGGCACGUACCUGCCAUCGGAGCAGGAUGAGGCUCACUCACUGUAUAGAAAUCCCCCCAUGCCGGCGUCUGCGGACUCAUAUGGAGAGACUUUGCUCAGUCCAUCUCAAGUCCCGCGGUCCUCAUCCUUGUCCCACCCGAUUGGACCUCGUACUGAUGCUCCUAUGAGGUCAAAGACCGACGCUGACCGAGAAAAGUACAAGCAGCAGCAAGACUUUCUUUGGCAGCUUCACAAUAAAGAUCUCCCUGAUGUUGAUCCGGCGGCGGCAGCUGCUUCUAUGGCGCUUGAUCUGCCAAAUAUCCCCGCUGGCCGUCGCAAGAAGUUCAGUCCUGCGAAAUUGUCAUCUGAACAGUUCAAGAAAUGCACCGAGCCAUGGGCUCUUAGUUCCAUCCUUUCUUGGAUUCGCGACCUGAGCGAGGACGAAACCGAUCUUCGAGAGCAGGCUAUUGUUGAUGCUAUUGUGGCCUUGUUUACUCACAAGGUCCCCACCAUGAAUAUCGCAGAUGCAGAGACACUCGCUGCUCGUGUAGUCAAUAGCAUGCUUGGGGAGGGAGCCCUGGUGAAAGAGGAGGAAUGGGUCAAGUUCAGCAGGGGAUCACUUUCUGGCGUGCUGUUCCAAAUUACCGGCACUGGCUGCUACUCGCCCAAGCUUCAUGAGCAGGACUUGCAUAUACAGGAUACCGAUUCCUUUGGGAGGUGCUAUUCUCACCACUGCAUGAGGACUUUAAAGAAGGUCAAUUUGAAAGCACAGAUGAUGGCACCUCAAAAGAAGAUUGAGGAUUGGGUGACUUUCUAUAAGGUUCCCAAGGAAACCUGGGAGUCAUACCCGAGAAAGGAGAUCGAUCGCCAAAACAACCUGCACGAGAUUGUCACGACAGAGGAUGCCUACAUUGGUCAGCUGGACGUUCUACGGGAGCUCUAUCGUGACCAAUUAGCCAACAUGAAUCCUCCUAUAAUCGCCCCCAAACGCCUCGCUAAGUUCUUGUCUGAUGUGUUUGGCAAGGUUGACGCAGUCAAAAAGGUCAACGAAGACUUUUUGCUAGCGCAGUUGAAGUAUCGACAAAAGGAGCAGGGUCCUUUUAUUGCAGGAUUCAGCGACAUCUUCCGUGAAUGGAUCCGCAAAGCCAAGCACGUCUACAUCGACUACGCUGCUACAUUCCCGACGGCAAAUUACUAUGUGCGCAAGGAAGCUGAGCGGAACAUUCACUUCAAACAGUUCCUCAACCAGGUUCGGGAUCAGAAGCAGUCCAACCGAUUGAGCUGGGACACUUUCCUCAAGGCCCCGAUUACGCGAAUCCAGCGAUAUACCCUUUUGCUUGCUACCGUGCACAAAAAUAUGGUUAAGGAUUCCGAGGAAAAGUCCAAUGUUGCACAGGCUAUCGAGGAAAUCAAGAUUGUGGCGUUGGAGUGUGACAAUAAGGUUGGUGAGAUGAACAAGAAGGCCGACCUCAUUGAACUCUCGGCCAAGCUGCAAUUGAGGCCGGAAAUGAAGAAGGAGGUCGAACUCAACCUCGAACACCUGGGUCGCGAGAUUGUUUUCCGCGGUGAUCUUCAACGCCCUGGAACUCGGACCCGGUUCCUUGUUGAUACCCAUGCCAUUCUCUUCGAUCACUAUCUUGUUCUUGCUAAGUCAUUCACUACACGAGACCCAUCUCGAACAAUAAAGUACGAGCGUUACGAUGUGUCGAAACUUCCCAUUCCGAUGGAUUUGUUGGUGCUGGAGAGUACCAACGAUGACCCAGUGGUCAAAUCAUCCAUGCGUGGAGUUGCAAAUGUUGCCCCUGCCCAGGCUGCUGUGGGCUUCAACCAUGGAGGACCUGGACCUGCUAUGAAUGGACCCACCGCAAGUCUUGAUUUGAAGGAUGACAAGAUUCUUUACCCAUUCAGGAUCAAGCAUCUUGGAAAGGCUGGCACCUAUACUCUGUAUGCUUUCUCUUCCCAAAACCGUGCGGACUGGUGCGAGAAAAUCAUCGAGGCGAAAACCAAACAUGCCGCGGCUUUGUUCUCCCAAAAUGCCGAGCCAUUCCGACUCAGGGUUCUCGCAGACACUGCGUUCGCUUAUAGCGAUCAGAGCGUUGGAUCGAGGAGUGUCACCAUCAAGGGCACUCCUCUCCAUCGUGCAAUCAGGGGAGUUGAGAAGCAAUAUAAGGAUUCUGGACCUCGGCCUCCUCCAAUCUGCAGAACUGCGGUCCAUUGCUCUACGGUCUUUCAACAACCUCCCGGCCGGAUGAUGUGUGCAAUUGGAACUGACUAUGGAGUUUACAUGUCUGAUGUCAAUGAUCCUCGUGGCUGGUACCGGGCAAUUCCAAUUCUGCGUGUUACUCAAAUCGCUGUCUUUGAAGAGUUCAACUUGUUUCUGCUUAUUGCGGAUCGCUCUCUUAUCGCCUAUCAUCUUGACGUGGUUUGUCCUGCAAAUGGAAAUGCCAGCCAGUCGCAAGAUUCCGCCCGGCGGGCUCCUCAGAAACUAUCUGGUAAUCGUGAAGUAGGAUUCUUCGUGGCAGGGCGCAUGAAGGAUCGAUACUUGGUUCUCUAUAAGAAGCGCGACGGACUGUCAUCCACCUUCAAGGUUCUCGAGCCCGUCAUCCAGAAGUCAUCAUCUAGCAAGAGUCGACUAUUCCAAUCCCGACGCUCCCAAACCGAGUUCUUCCGUGAAUAUGAUGAAUUCUACAUCCCCGCCGAAAGCUACGGCAUCAACAUGUUCCACUCCUCCCUCGCCAUCUCGACCCAGCGUGGCAUUGAAGUCCUUACCCUGGAUAAGAAGCAAUCCUGGUCCGUCCCCGAUUUCCGCGCCGAAACCACACCCGACGCCAUCGAUACCCUACACGGCAUCGCCCAUCGCAUCAAAGACCUCCGGCCCCUCGGCAUGUACCGACUCAGUGAAAGCGAGUUCCUGGUUGCGUACCAGGAAUGCGCCGUAUACGUCAACAAGCACGGCGACGUUUCCCGCAGCGUGGUAAUGGAAUUUGUGGGCAGUGCACACACAGCCUGUCUCCACGGAAAAUUCCUCAUUCUUUUCAACGACGACUUUGUCGAGGUCCGCAAUGCAAUGAAUGGUCGACUGAGGCAGGUCAUUCCCGGUCACAAUGUUGUCUGUCUUGAUGAUGGUAGCAAGUUGCCUGGUUCAUUUGGUCAAGCCAAUGCAAGUGGUAUCAGUGCUCAGAAUACAUUCAAUGGUGCGAAUGGAAUCUCGACAAAUCAGCAUACUGUCAAGAUCUGCAUGCAACAUCCUGAAUAUGAACGCAGCCAGAUUGUUCUGGAGCUGGUUGAAAAUGAAGGACAAAAGGAUUAA